ACGAGACUGCAGCUCAUCACUUUUAUUAUUUUUGCCAGUGCAGCUUUCUCGUUAGCUUCUCUGUGGAGUAGUAAGAGUUGCCGUGAGCGACAGAACGAAGAAGCGCUUCUGUCCGGAUGACGUAUUAUUUCCUUGCUGGGAACAAGCGAUUUCUGCGUCUCACCCGAUAAGUACGUCAUGGGUCAGACGAAGGGGAUCAUCACAGCCGAUAUCGUCCACUACUACCUUUACUGCAACCAGACUCGCUCCAAUCCUUUCCAGCAGCCUCUGACCAUCUUCCAGAGGUCCCUCACCACCAUGCAGAUCCAGAUCCAGGGUCUUCUGCAGUUUGCCGUGCCCCUGUUUCCCACAGCCGAGAGGGAUUUAGUGGGUAUCCAGAAUUUGCUGAACUCCUCGGAGGCGAGUCUGCACCAGCUGACGGCUCUGCUGGACUGCAGGGGGCUCAACAAGGAUUACCUGGAUGCAAUGGUGGGGGUGUGCUACGACGGUGUGGAGGGUGUGCUGUAUCUCUGUCUCUUCUCCAUCCUGGCUGCCUGUGCCUUUACUGUCAUGCUGUGUGCCAUUCCCAGAGCUCUGAGACAAAUCGCCAGCAGAGAACGAGAUUAUGAUGAUAUAGAUGAGGAGGACCCGUUCAAUCCCCGGGCCAGGAGGAUAGGCUCCCAGAACGCCAACCAGGCUAACCUGCACAGCUUCUGCAGCUACAGCAGCAGCAUGGGCAGCCAGAACAGCCUGCACCCCCCCGCACCGGCUGUCUCCAACCCCCCCGUCUCUGAGUACAUGAACCAUACAGCCCUUUUUGGAGGAAACCCCCGAUAUGAGAACGUGCCUCUGAUUGGACGAGGCUCUCCGCCUCCCUCGCCGUAUAGAAAUCCAUACUCCCCUACGAUGAGAGCAACUUACCUCUCCAUGACUGAGGAGCAGAGUCGACACUUUGGAAGCGACUUCCAAGCCUAGAGCUCGAUGCGUGACGGAGGGAACCUGCAGGAAAGGAGGAAGCAGCUGUCGGAUGGCUCACAAACCUGAACAUCUCUGCAGUCCAGAACUGCAGCGUUUGCAGCGUCGGGCCGAGUGGAAUCAGACUACAAACCUCUGUGCUGUUCUGCGCUGCGGUGCCUUGCAGAAAUAGUCAUACCCUGUGAUCUUUUCUCGUUUUUCUUGUGUCACAUUUAAAGAAAGAAUUUUAAAAUACUUUAUCAGGUUUUCAUGUACGAGGAAGUAUUAGGGCCAGGCUAGAGAUUUUCUUCCUUUUAUUUCGAUAAUAAUGUUGUAAUAUUACGAGAAUUUUAUGACUAUUCUAGUUGC